CUUGCAACCUUCGUCGACGUACAUGGAUAACUUGACCUUAAAUAUUCAAAAAGCAUUUCAAAAACUCCAAAUGUUGAUGCCACUAACAUCGGUUCUUCAACAUUCUGUAGAAGACCUUGUCGUCACCACUAAACUAUCCGCUUGCGAAGUGAAACUACUUCAAAAAGCAAUUAGAGAAAAUGUUUUGAAAUUGAAUUUUGUUUCCUCUUACGAUUUAUACAUCAAUCGGCAGAAAUUGAGUUUCGGUUGUCGAGUAUUGGACGAAUAUCUAAACGGUGGUAUUAAGCCGCAAUCAAUAACAGAAAUUUAUGGCAAAAGUGCUACAGGUAAAAGUCAAAUAUGCCUGCAACUAAGCAUGAUGGUGCAGCUGCCAGAAAGUCACGGUGGCUUAAAUGGAUCAGCUGUUUACAUUACUACAGAAAACAAAUUUCCUGACAAACGUUUUGAACAAAUGAAACCAUUUUUUAAACAAAAAUACAAAGAUGUUUUUACUGACAGUGAGAUAGGAGAUAAAAUCUUUAUAAAGCAUGUUGUUGAUGUGAAAGAAUUAUCAGACAUCUUGGAAAUACAACUUCCUACACUUAUAAAAGCUUCAAAUGUUAGGCUUUUGGUCAUGGAACUCUAUUGCAGCUAUAUUUGUGUGGAGUACACCAUGGAAGGAAAUGGAGUUUCAGAUGUAUUUGACAGAAGCAGGGAUUGUUGCAUUCAUAACGUCAAACCUUUACUUGGAGAGGCAUGGUCAAAAUGGUUAACAAUGAGAAUCAUGUUAUUUCGUGUAACUGAUGACAUGUUACUUGAUGAGACAAAUGAUCCUAAACGUGAACUUAUUGUAAUUUUUUCUCGUGCUUCUUUUUGUUCACACUAUAAAAAAUCUUGCCAAUAUACCAUUGAUACUACAGGUGUACAUGGUAGAUAUGUUGAAACUCAAUAUAAAAAUUCUUGUCAAUGUAAUAAUAAUGUAGGAAGUUAAUGUUAUACAUAGGAAUGCCAGAGCUGAAAAGCAGUUACCCUCCACUGUCCUUUGCUUCUGUUACAAAGGACCCUAGAGGGGCCAAGGAGGAGUGUUACACCAUUUAGGCAAAGAAACAUAAUAUGUUACAGAGAACAUUAUAUAUUACACUUUCUUAUGUUGUUUGAUUAACUAUGUUAGCAAAAGAUUGAUAUAAUGAUGAUGAGAUAUCAUAAAUGAAUUACUCUUCAGGAAAAUCACAAUUACAUAUGAUGUGCUACAGAAUUUUAUUCAAAUGGGGGAUUAUAUUAGUAAGAAGUAUUUGAAAGCCUGACAAUAAAUUUCCUCAUCCUAGCAAAA